AUGUCGAAAGAUGUGUCGGUCGUUGGUUUAGACGCGAUCCUCCGGGAGUUGGGUGCUUUUGGGAGGUAUAAUAUUAUGAACUAUGCGUUAAUUUUGUUUCCGUGCUACUUGGCGGGAAUGUACGCGGCAAUAUAUAUAUUUGAAGCCGGAGACAUUAAUUACAGAUGUGAAGUAAAACAAUGCGAGAGUAUAAACAACGUCAGCUUAUGGUUAGACUAUGCGAUACCUAUAGAGAAGGGUAAACACUCGAAAUGUUUCCAAUACGCAUCUACAACAAAUAGUUGUACGGCUGAUGCUUUCAAUACUAACUUAAAAGAGAAGUGUUCUUCUUUUGUGUACAGCGAUGAAGACUCGAUUGUGAAAGAUUUCGACCUUGGAUGCCAAAAUUGGAAGAGGACUUUAGUUGGGACUAUCCACAACUCUGGCCUCUUCAUCUCCCUUCCUAUGACUGGAAUCAUUUCAGAUAAAUUUGGAAGGAAAAAGGCUCUGUCUUUUGCAGCUCUUAUGAACUGUAUAUUUGGGUUCUCAAGAUCAUUUUCUACCAAUUAUGUGAUGUUUCUGGUUUUGGAGUUCCUGGAAGCUGGGUUGGGAGCCGGAGCCUAUACAACGUCCUUUGUUAUAGCUAUGGAACUAGUAGGACCUAAAGGAAGAGUGUUUGGUAACACAAUGCUAAACACAUUUUAUGUCUUUGGUUUAAUGUCUCUCGCUGGGUUGUCCUGGAUACUGCAGGACUGGAGGAAACUUCUCAAAAUUAUAUACCUACCAUCUUGCUUCGUAUUUACCUACCUGUGGAUCUUAAAUGAAAGUAUCAGAUGGCUGAUCAGUAAAGGUCGCCAUGAACAGGCUUUGAAAGUCAUCAAAAGGGCAGCUAAAAUGAAUAAUGUUCAAAUAUCAGACCAGACUCUAGCUCCUCUUCAGAAAAUAGAAGCGAAACCAACCGAAGAAAAAAAUGAAGUGGACGGCGAGCCAAAGAAAUCAGUAUUUGUACAAGCGAUGAAAUCAAGUAUUAUUAGAAGGAGAUUGUUGACGUGUUCCUUUUUAUGGAUCACUUGUACGUUUGUGUAUUAUGGGCUGUCAAUUAACUCUGUAUCCCUGGCAGGGAAUAAGUACGUCAACUUCAUGCUCGUCGCCUUCAUUGAAAUUCCAGCCAACUUCACCUGCCUUCUUGUGCUGGAUAAAUUUGGAAGGAAGAGGGUCUUGAUUAUAAUGUACAUUUUAAGUGCCAUUCUAUGUAUCAGCCUAACAUUCUUACCUAAAGAUCAAACCUAUUUGUCUUUGGGCUUCUACCUGGCCGGAAAGUUCUCCAUCACGGUGGCUUACAGUUCCGUCUAUAUUUAUGUAUCUGAGGUCUUCCCUACAAACGUGAGACAAUCGCUCUUAGCCACCUGUUCGUCGACUGGAAGAAUUGGAUCCACAUUAGCACCUUUAACUCCAUUGUUGGCUUUGUACUACGAAAGCUUGCCAUCAAUAUUCUUUGGCACGAUGACCAUCAUCGCUACUAUGCUAGUCUUCACGAUGCCAGAGACCAUCAACAUGCCCCUACCAGACUCCAUUGAGGAAGCCGAGAGAUUAUCUAAAGUCAAACAUCGGAAAACCAAUGCUUAA